AUUAAUUAUAAUUGUAAAAUUAUUUAGUUUGACCAUCUUCAUCAAUCGCGUGUGAAUAUUUUCCUAGAGAAACCGCUUUGAGUUUAAUUGUAAUACUGAUAAUAGGUUAAAUAAAGCUGAGAACAAUGGCUGCACAAUUUUUCAAUCGUAUUGGUCAAUUAGGCCUUGGCGUUGCUGUCUUAGGUGGAGUUGUAAAUUCGGCGUUAUAUAAUGUUGAUGGUGGACACCGUGCUGUCAUAUUCGAUCGUUUUACCGGCGUGCAACAAGAAGUCGUAGGUGAAGGCACACAUUUCUUCAUUCCAUGGGUGCAGAGGCCCAUCAUUUAUGACAUUCGCUCACAGCCAAGAAACGUACCCGUCAUCACUGGCAGUAAGGAUUUGCAAAAUGUAAACAUCACAUUGCGUAUUCUUUAUCGUCCAAUUCCGGACCAAUUGCCCAAAAUUUACACGAUUCUCGGUCAAGAUUACGACGAAAGGGUGCUUCCAUCAAUUGCUCCUGAAGUACUCAAAGCGGUUGUAGCUCAAUUCGAUGCUGGUGAAUUGAUUACCCAACGUGAGAUGGUAUCUCAACGUGUAUCAGAAGAACUUACUGAACGUGCCAAGCAGUUCGGUUUCAUUCUUGAUGAUAUUUCGCUCACACAUUUGACCUUUGGUCGUGAAUUCACUCAGGCUGUAGAAAUGAAACAGGUUGCACAGCAAGAGGCCGAAAAGGCACGUUUCGUUGUAGAAAAGGCUGAACAACAAAAAUUGGCUUCCAUUAUUUCUGCAGAGGGUGACGCCUCGGCUGCAGAUCUUUUGGCAAAGGCCUUUGGUGAAGCUGGUGAUGGUUUAGUUGAAUUGCGUCGUAUCGAAGCAGCUGAAGAUAUUGCAUACCAACUAUCGAGAUCGCGUGGUGUUGCAUACCUACCAGGUGGACAGAAUACACUUCUCAAUUUGCCGGCAUCUUUGGCGCAGUAAACGAAAUUUUUUGUUUUUGAAAAUAAUUAGCAUUUAAUUAAUAUGGUUACUUGUUUCUUUUUACAUUGUCUAAAAUAAGAUCGGGGUAACUCCGCUCUUGACAAAUAAUAAUAAGCUAAAGUGAUUUCCAAGUUUUGUUAUAUGGAAAUUCAACUAAUAA